AUGAAUAGUAAUUGCAAUGUUGAAGCUUCUGAGUCUACAAAUGCUGAAUUUAUAAUGGAAGAAACAAAAGAAGAGAUUUCACAAAUUGAUGGUUAUGGUGAAGUCACACAAUGCAAACAGACAGUACAGGGUGCAAAGAAAGCUGCAUUUUUACAGAUUGAUGAGGAAAAUUUGCAAACAAACUGCCUUAGCAUGGACAGCAUGGACGACUGCAUAUCAGAAUCUGUGUAUUCACAGUCAUCUCAAUAUUCAGAGUGGCAAGAUUCACAGGAAAGUCCAUCAAGAAAAAGGAAAAUGUCACUGAAUUCUUUUCUGGAAACAGUAGAUAUAAGUCCUGUGAAAAAAACGUUAACUGUUGACUUUGAUCUUGCAUCUGAGAGGACAAAAAAUGAUUAUGUCAGGAAAGCAAAAAGAAUAAUGCACAGUGUACUUGGUAUAUUGGUUCCACAACAGGAAUCACUAUUUGAGGAGGUUCUAUAUGAAUCUAAUGCAUACAAAGAUCAGACUCUUGAGUCAUUUUCAAAAGCAUAUAGCAGUAUGUCAAGUUGGGGAACACAGAGACAAAUUCUGUCUCUUCUAGUACAAGAUUACAGUUACAAUCAACUCAAAGACUAUAUUCCAGAUUUAUCAAGAUACAAAUUUUCAUCUGCUCGUAAACAUGCUGAGGUUGUUGGUGUUGGCAAGCCAGUUUUACAGAAAAAACAAUUUAGAGAAAAGGCUACUAUUCAACAGAUAGAAAACUUUUUAGAGUUCAUACUUUCACCAGCUAUAAUGACUGAUUCACCAUUUGGAGAAUGCACUUAUAAAAUCUCAUCUGGUAUUACACUCAAAGUUCCUAAGAUUAUUCUAAAUAGUGUACGUACAAGAACAGUAACACUGUAUUUGAAGUAUUGUGAAGAAACCCAGAACGCUGAUAUUCUAUCUGAAAGGACUUACAUGAGACUGCUUGAAGCCAUUGAGCCUUAUGUGAGAAAGUCCAUGAAAGGUUUAGACAAUUUUGCUGCUGAUGGUAGCUAG